UGCAUUGCCAGCUGAUUUUGACGUAUUGUUUUGCAAUACUUAAAUUAAUUUCCUACUGGAAAACUAGUUACGUUACUUUGUUAAUUAUUUGACAAACAAGAAACCUAUGUAAUAUGUCACCAACGAAAGCGGCAGGUUUGGUUAUCUUCAGAAAUAUGAACCAAGCUGUACAGUUUUUAUUAUUGCAAACAUCUUACGGAGAACAUCAUUGGACUCCUCCUAAAGGUCAUGUAGAUCCAGGAGAAUCAGAUUGGGUAACAGCUCUCAGAGAAACUAAGGAGGAAGCUGGGUUAGCAGAAGAGGACUUGGAAAUAUAUCAGGACAUUUGCAAAACCUUGAACUACACAGUGAAAAACAAGCCAAAAGUUGUAGUUUAUUGGCUUGCCAAACUGAGAGAUCCUCUCAAAGAAGUAAAGCUCUCAGAUGAACAUCAGGAUUUGAAGUGGCUUCCCUUGCAGCAGGCACAGGAUGUGUCAGGUUAUGAAGAUAUGAAGCAGCUCUUAGCUGAAUUUAACGAAAAGGCUCAGAAAUUGCUAUAAUUCAUUGAAAUAGAUUUUUCAUAGUUCUGUGAAUAUUUUUAAAAUAAAUAAUUUUAUCGAUUUGUU